GCGCAACUUCAUUCAGUGCCAGGCCGUCGAAGGCAGCGGUCGCGUCGUGGUCCCCAGAACAGAUUUCGUGAGAGAAAUACAAAUACCAGAAAUCCAAUAUUGAACGCGAGCCGAGAGAAAAGAAAAGUGUGAGACGUGUUUGGAUAAUCGAAUCGCAUUUCAACGGAAAUCGCAACAACGGUACGGUAAUUGGUGUGUGUGUGCUCGGUCUUUUGCAUUCGCCGUGAGUGAGUGCCAGUGUGAACUUUGUUAAUUUUCAAAAACAAGCAACUUAUUGUGGAAUACAUUGGGGCACUCAAGCCAAGGAUAUCAGCGGUUCAGAGCCAGUUUGCGGUCAAUCGAAAUGGCAGGCGGUCGCAACUUAAGGUUGCUGCUGGCGCUAAUGUUGCUGCUGGGCGCGGCAGCAACAUCGAGCGGAGUGUCCACCACGGAGACGCCUUCGGCCCUGCUGCCAUUGGAGGCACGAAGUGCUGAUGUUUCGGGCGAGGAGGAUGUCAUCUCCACCAGCUAUGUGCUGCCCAAUCAGAUCUUCAACGAGGGAAAGCCGUACUAUGCCCGCCAGGAUCCGGUGUCGGGUCAGCUGGACUUCAGUGCCAAGAAACCGGCCGGAAUCCAGCCGGAGGCCAACGAGGUGGUGGAUCCCGACGAGAAAAUUGUACUGAGCGGCGGCAGCUCGCCCAACAUUCAUGACUUCUUGAACCUGCCCGUGAAGUACUCCUCGUCGAAGUUUGUGUACCCGCUGGUCUCCAGUUCCUAUGCCAAUUUGAAGUACCAGGGCAGCAACAAGAAUUACAUCACCAACAAGAAACCCACCUCGGUGGUGGCUCCUGUAACACCCCCACCGCCAAACUAUCACAGUUCGAACUUCUUCACAGUGCCCACAACUAAACUAACUGCUGUGACACCCACUGCAGGAGCCUUCUAUCCCAGAAGCCCCACUAGUACUACCACCACUACCUCUACAACCACAACCACUACGACAACAACUACUCGAGGAACUGCGCCGCCUUCAAGGAGACCAGUGAGCAGCACUACAACCACGGAGGCAACGAGUGCGGCACCCAAAUACACCACCACCUCCCGCCGACCCAUUCCAGUGCAGACGACCUCCACCUCCACCACGCCGCCACCACCGCGCACCAGCACCACCCGUAAGAAGUUUGUGCCCACCAAGAAGUACAGUCCCACGGUGCCCAGCACUAGUGGACGGCCAACGCCCAGUCACGGGGAUCGGCGUCCGGUGAAGUCGUCGCCCAGACCCACACCCAGCAGCCAAGAUGUGGCCCUCACCACGCACCAUGCCACACCGCAGGCGGCCAUCUUCCCCACAGAGCCAGCCACGACCACCAAGAUGUACACCACCUCGAGCACCAGUCCGCCAGUGGUGUUCACCGAAGGACCCACGCCCCCGCCCGCCUUUAGUCCCAUUCCGGGAACUGGUAUUCCCAACCUAGAUCCAGCGGAUGUUUACCACACGCUGGGGCAGAAGAACACACAGGCCGAGGAGCAGCAGCAGCAGCAGAUGGAGAAGCAGCAGCAACAACAAAUGCAGCAGCAAUACCAGGAACAGCAGCAACAACAGCAGCAGCUGUAUCAACAGCAGCAACAAUAUCAGCUGCAACUGGAGAAGCAACAACUGGAAAAGCAGAAGCAUCCAUACCAGCAGCAACUGGAAAAGCAACAGCAUCAGCAGCAGCAACAACAGGUGCAGCAACAGCAACAUCAACCUCAGCCGCCAACUCAGCAACAGCAACCGUCUCCUCCCAAAUCCCCCAUGACUCUAAGCGAUAUAUUCAACAGCCUGGCCGAAGAGGAAUCGAAUGUGGCCCAAAACUAUCAGCAAAAUCAGGGAUUCGAUGCCCAGGGCAACCUCAUUCAGCCCAUUGCACCCUCCAAGCCAUCGCCCUUCGCCAUGCAGCAACCGGGAUCACAGCAGCAGCGACCCAAUCCCAAUGAUCAGAAGGUGAUCUCCGGCAGCCAGGAGAACUACAGCAACGAGUAUGUGUCGUACCAAGUGCAGCAGCCAAACAUGAUGCAAUACCGACCAGUGCCGGGCCAGAUCAACAACGUGGUCAUCUCCCCGGGCCAGCAGUCGGCCUCCUUCGUCCUCGGUAGUCAGGUGCAACAGGUCAGCGUGGGCCACCCCAGUGUAGGUGUGGAAAAGGAGCCCAUGUUUGCCAAGGACACGCCCGGUGUGCAGUAUGGUCAGGUGAUCAACGAGGAUAUCGGCAACAUUAAGCGACCUCUUCAGGAGCCAGCAGUGCCGACCAGCUACCAACAGAUGCCGAGCCUCCAGCAGAACUCCAACUUCCAUCAGAACGGAAAUGUGGGUGCACCGGGAGCGCCUGAAGCAGUUUCCUACCAAGAGCCACCGCCAGAGGCACCAUCUCCCUACCAACAGCUGCCCCUGAUCGGUUCCAAUAAGCGACCAUCAAAGAAACCAGUGGCCAAGCCGGAGCAGCCACCGCAUGUCUACCCACCUCCCCAAACCUCGACGCCACCUCAGACGCAGCCCACACCACCGGCAGAUGACACAAGGGAGCUGCUGGUCUCCAGCAACAUUCGCUUUCCCGCCCAGGGUGAAGAGGCGCUGGAACUCUCCACCUCCGCUGUGAUGCAAGGUCCGCCGGCGGGACCCCACAUCAAUGGCCAUGCCCAACCUCUCAGUCUGCAGCAGAUUCAGAACUCCAAUCCCGUGGUUUUCCCCAAGGCCAAGGACGAACCCGUUCCCAGCAGCACCAAUGUGCAGAUCCAGCAGCAUGAAGUGCUUAAUCUGAGUCAGCAGAAGACACCAUUGAAAUUCCCUGCCCAACAGCCUGGACUUGGCGAGCAGCCCUCGCUCGAUAUGGAGCCACCUCCGCGCUAUCCCACUACUUUGCCAGUGCCACAGGCACCGCCAACUCCUGGCAAGCGACCACUCGGACCACCACCGCCGUCCAGCUUUUACAAUGAGUUCCAGCGGAAGCCACAGAACGGACCGCGUCCCAGCAACCUGCCCAAUAUUCUGCCACAGUUCCGUCCGAAUGCCAAGAUCUCGAGCGGACAUCCUCCUGCACUGAAGCAGGAAGCGGGCAACAUUCGUCUGCCGCAGCAAGGCGGUCCCAAGCGUCCUUACAAUCCCUCAGUGCCGCCCCAGUUUGCCCACCGUCGCCAGCCUUUGCAUCAACAGCAGCUGCAGCAGCAGAUGCUGCAGAAGCGCUAUCCCAUGAAUCGCAUUUCGGAGUAUCCCGUGGGUCCCAGUCCAGGAGGAGAUGUCAAUAGGAGGGUCUACAGACUGCCCCCGUAUGGAGGUCAGAAUGUACCCUACCUGCCCGACCACAUGUACCCCCGCCGUCCCCAUGGACCUGGUCCACUGAGAUCUGUCGACGGUUAUCCCGCCGAACGACAUGCUCCUUCCGCUGAGCCCUACAAGACCAUCGAUGCCGAGGCCGCGGCCGACUUUGAGGAGGAGGACCUGGUGAUCAACGAUCCGCCACAGCCAGUGACCCCCGGCAAGGAUCGCCUGGGAGUUGAGGAGACUAAACUGGAGCCGGUGGUCACCCUGCAAAUGCUGCAGUCGCAGAAGAAGGCCGUCAGCCUGCCCGGCGAUGAUACGGGCGCCGGCGAGAUCCAGGUCACGGCCGACAACGAUCCCCAGGAGGCUGAGGCCUCCAAGCUCAGCCAUCAGAAGUUGGAUCCCAGCGGCAUGUACGUAGUCUUUCCCAUGAAGGGAGCUGAAAAGGGUCAGGCCGAAGGAGAGGCACCCUCGGCUCCAGCCGAGUACCAGAACACCCCAUUCUCCGUCAUUCGCGACCAGCCCCAGGAACCGAUUCUUAAGAACAAGAAGCCACAGUCGCUGCAGCAGCACAACAAGGCGCAGCAGGGGCCCAAGGAGAAGUUCCCGUAUCCCAUCGAGAAGCCAGACCCAUCCUAUUCAGAGCUCCAUCCCGAAUCGCAAGCAGCUGUUCCCGGAGUGCUGGUGGCGCCGAGGAUCAUCACCGGAGCCCUGGGCACCGGCACUGAGACGCCUAUCGCCAUUGCCUACACGCCCACGGAACCGAAUCCAUUCCGCCACGAACAAGGACAGAAGUUCUCGAACAUCAACCUGGCCACUUCGGUGAUCAAUGAAAUCCGGCAGGACACCCAGACGGAGGAGGGCCUGAGCAGCGACUUCGAUCUGCGCGGCCAGAACUUCGAGAAGGACUUCAUGGCACCCUUCUACCCGAGUGUGAGUCUGGGCGGUGCCAGUGGAGCAGCAGCAGUAAAUGCGGCAGCGCCGAGUAACUGGAACAUUGUGCCCGGAUCGACUACGGAUCAGGCGGUCUAUGAGAAGAAUAACAUAAACCGUGCUGAUGUGGAGACCACGGAGGACAGGAAAGCGGAGGAGGAGCAGCCCACCGCCAGUCCGCUGACAGCGGAGAAGCCCUCCGAGAUGGACAGUUUCCAGCCACAGCUGCAGGGUGGCUUCAAGCCCAUUUACCCGCCGGGCUACCAGUACGUGGAGCAGGUGGAACAGGAGCAGAUCACUGGGGCCAAGAGUGCUGCACAGGAUCAGCCAAUUGCACUACCCCUGGUGGGCACCACAGCAAAGCCUUCGACAUCGGCCUCACCAAUCAGUAGCAGCAGUAGCAGUAGCAGUAGCAGUAGCAGUAGCAGUUCCACCUCUACAUCAUCUACCAGCUCCACAACCUCGACGACUCACCAGCCCAAGGUAACGAAGUCGGAUUCGACAUUGGCCACCACCAAGGCGCCGUUGGUCAGUGCCAAGCCCACGCUGCGCAAGAAGUCCAGCUUUGAGACGAGCCUGGCCGCCUUACUCUUCGGCGACGAGGACGAGGAGGAAGGAGCCCGCAAGUCCGCCGAGCUGCCCAAGGCCAAGGUCGGACCCAGGAAUGUGCCACGCAUGGGUCCCAGGAGUCUGACGUUGAGCUAAGCGGGUGCCAAAAGAGCCAACAACACUAGUGUAGUCCAAUUUUAGUUCGUAUUAUUUAUUCAAAGUUUAUGAGACAGCAGGGAGAGAUGCCCCGCUUAGAGGUAGACCAUGUGGUAAUCUAGUUCUGUUCUACAGCUUAUAGUUAGUAAGCUCACCAUCCAGAUACAUUGACCAACGCCUCCAACGAACACCACAUUACAACACACCACCCACGAUCCCAGCGACUUUUGCGAGUCUGAUUUGAAAUGCGAGUGUCGUGAACUUUCUCAUUGGACUCCCGAAUCGUCGGAAAUGAGAUAAAAGCUUUUAAUAUUCAAUUUAACUAAAACCUAAAAUAGUACUCACAUUUUACCAGAUUAUUGUACCAUAGAAAACCAAGCAAAAUAAACAAAAUUCUUAUAUGAUAAA